AUGGCUGGAUAUUACAACUACAUCGAAUCAGAAGAUCACCAGUUAACAGAUACGUAUUCUGAAAAUCCUUUGAUGAUUGACGAUGGCCCUGGCGCAUACACGGAAACGAAACAUUACACCCGAAGCCCUGAACAAGAAAGAGGUGAGAAAAAGGGGGAUGGGAGCCCCUCCUCCAAAAAAAUGAAAACGUCCAAUCACCAACAAUCUUGCAGAGACAUGACAGGUACAAGCACGGCUUGGACGCAACAACCCAUGGAGAAAGACGGUGACGUGGAAUCGGAGAUUCUCUUCAAAUGCCCAAUCAGCUCGAAGCAAGACCGCCGGAAAUACGUGGUGGCCAAGACGUAUCUCAAUAAAGUGUAUGUGGACAUACGAGAAUACUUCGAGAAAAACAGCGAGUUCUUACCCACCAAAAAGGGCGUGACUUUGACCGCGGCAGAGUUCAUGGCGUUAUGCAAAGAGAGCCAAGCCAUUCACAAGAUUCUACAGAAGAAAUGUAUGAUGUAA